AUGGAAGUCGAGUCUAUGAAAACGAUGUUUUUGAGAUCAAAUGAGCUUCAUGGUGUGAAAUACGUCAGUUACAUCGGCGAUGGAGACUCGAAAACAUUUUCGGCUCUUCUAAAAAUAAAUCCUUACGGUGAUGAACAAACAGUUGUCAAGAGCGAGUGUGUUGGUCACGUUCAAAAAAGGAUGGGAUCUCGACUUCGAAACGUGAGAAAAGCUAAAAAACUCGGCGGAAAAGGUAAAUUGACGGAAGUUUUGAUAAAAAAACUCAGUACCUACUACGGCUUAGCGAUUCGGAGGAAUGUAAACAGCGUUCAAGACAUGAAGAAAGCUAUCAUGGCCACUUUUUAUCAUAUGAUUUCGACCGACGAAAACCCUCGUCACGAGAACUGUCCAACUGGCAGUGAUAGCUGGUGCCAGUGGCAGCGGGCUACAGCUCUUGGGAAUGCGCCUGAAUCUCACCCUCAACCAUUACACCACGAUGUGCAGAAGGAAUUACUACCGAUUUACGAAGAUCUUUCAAGAGAUGACUUGCUGACCAGAUGUUUAGGUGGCCACACUCAGAAUGCGAACGAAAGUUUCAACUCGACAAUUUGGCGUCUUGCUCCUAAACAUCUGCAUUGCGGCUUAAAAAUUGUUGAAGUGGCAUCAUAUAUCGCAGCCGUCGUGUUCAACAAAGGAAAUUCAUCAAUCUUAAUGAUGAUGAACGAGUUACAGAUUGUUGUUGGCUCACUAAGUUUCAACUUCGGCAAACAAACGGACGAGCAGCGCGUGAAACGCCAAAACCGACGCAGCAGCCUCGAGACCAAAGAAGCGAGAAUAGCGCGAAAAGAACAAAUGUUGGCCGCAAAUCUCGCUUAUGAAGAAGAAGAAGGCUUGCUAUAUGGCGCAGGAAUCGAUGACUAA